GGAGGAGCUUUUUUGGUCGCACACCUUUCACCUUUACGGUUGAGAGGGUGUGUUUGUAAAGUAGUGUGUGUAGGUGAGGCACGCAUUGCCACUGCGCUCCCGCGGGCAUCAAGAGCAUCGAAAUGGAUAAGACAGGUGAACGGGGAGACUUUGAAUGGGUCUACAAUGAUCAGCCUCAUACUUCACGAAGAAAAGAAAUAUUAGCAAAAUACCCAGAGAUCAAGUCCCUGAUGGGGCCUGACCCCCAGUUGAAGUGGGUGGUGACAGGGAUGGUCCUCACCCAGCUUCUGGCUUGCUACAUGGUCCACGACCUCCCCUGGAAGUGGGUGUUCUUCUGGUCAUACGGCUUCGGCGGCUGCAUCAACCACUCGCUGACCCUCGCCAUUCACGAUAUCUCCCACAACGUUGCGUUCGGCAACAAGCUGGCGCGCCUCAACCGCUGGUUCGCCAUAUGGGCCAACCUCCCCAUUGGACUGCCCUACUCGGCCUCGUUCAAGAAGUACCACAUCGACCACCACCGCUACCUGGGUGGCGAUGGCCUAGAUGUGGACAUCCCCACGGACGCGGAGGGCUGGUUCUUUUGCACACCCCUGCGGAAGGUCCUGUGGCUCUUCCUCCAGCCAUUGUUCUACGCACUGCGCCCUCUAGUGGUGAACCCCAAGCCAGUCUCCAGACUAGAGAUGAUGAAUGCCGCUGUUCAAUUUGCAGUGAACUUUGUGAUAUUCUACCUAUGGGGGCUGAAGCCAAUUGUUUACCUCAUAGCCGGGUCCAUUUUAUGCAUGGGCCUACAUCCCAUCUCUGGACACUUCAUAGCGGAGCACUACAUGUUCUUGAAGGGACACGAGACAUACUCCUACUACGGCUCACUGAACCGGAUCACCUUCAACGUGGGUUACCACAUGGAGCACCAUGACUUCCCCAGUAUACCUGGCAGUAAGCUGCCUCAGGUGAAGAAGAUGGCAGCAGAGUACUACGACUCCCUACCACAGCACACUUCCUGGACCCGGGUGUUGUGGGACUUUGUCUUUGAUGACAGCAUCGGUCCCUACACCAGGAUCAAGCGGGAAUAUAAGCUGGUCAAGCAGGAGUAGGUGCCACAUCAAAACACUUUCCCCAAUAUUCAGUGGUACUGAUUGUCACAGUGAACCAUUGGUUUCAGACAGUGGCACUCCAGGCUCCUUUUCACCUCGUUUUAUCAUGUGAUUUACUUGACAAUAGCACACGUGGGCAGUCAAAAGACACAAUGUCAAUCAUUAGGUUUACCAUACUGUGAGUGUGCAGAACAGUGCAGAGAAUGAAACAUUAAAACUUACUUUGUAGUAAGAGGAGCUGUAUUUCAGUGAAGCUCUGUUUGAUGCUCACCACACAAAAGUUGUUUUUAAUCAAGAAAAUAAAUAGAUAAUAUUGCUAACAAUGUUUCUAACAGAAAUGUAAUUGAAUAAAAAGUUAUGUUAUUACAUGUGUGAGGUUUCUGUGUGUGAAUAUACAUCUGUAAUGCUAGAACUAUGUAACAGGUAUUUCUUUACAAGAGCUAUUUUAAGAACAAAAGCACAACUUCUAUAUCAGGUUUUGUAUAGCCUACACCGUACGUGUACAUUAUAUAUUUUUUUUACUAUUGUAACAUCUGAUGGAAAAUGUUUUUUAUUUUUUAUUGUCAUAAUAAUUGAAGAAUGAAACACACCACUCCAUACUGUAGACAGGAGACAGGUCUAUGGUUUGGUUUAAAUUCAUUUACUUUCCGAUUUUUGAAAUUUAAUUCAGAACUUAGUCAAAGUGAAUAUGUCACAAAAGAUAUUAAAUCAUAUUUUCCCCCAAUAUUUUUUUUCUCCUUUCAUCACAAAAAACGUUUGAAUUGAUUUAUGUAUACUUUUAAUUUAUUUUGCAACUGGCUCCAUUUUCACAUAUCAAAUUCAAGUUCAACCUUAAAGUAACUGUCCAGUGAAAAUCUCACUUUUAAAUGUCCAUAUUCUGUUAAAUCAUAUCCAAAUAAUGUUGAUGACUCAUCCUACACUCGUAUGUGGCCAAAGCAUAAAUUGGAGAGAAAAAAAACAUU